AAUUUGUACUUAGAAAACAACUGCUGUCAGAUUGUUGAGUGUUUUAUUGUUGUUAAAACAAAUUGACACGUAUUUCUGUCGUGGUGUUGUUACGUACGUUUUUCCAAUAGUUUACAUAAAUAAACAAAUAAUGGAUAUCGUGAGACGAAUCUGUGCAAGGUUUAAUUGAAUACAAUUCAGAUAUGGAAAAGUGUAACUUAACCUACAAAUAAGCGAUGGAUACGAUAUUAAGAAGAAUAAAUGUCGUCGGAUGGCAUCGAAUGCUAGUUGUUUUUCUUUUUAUUUGGCUGGUUAUACUUGUUUUCACGGCACUGCCUAUGCUAGGACCUCACAUACCCUCAGGAGAGACCAAAACUUUGGAGCGCUUAAAAAGAGCGUUGACGGAUUUGGAAGCCCUCCGGAAACAAAAUAAUGAACUACAGGAAAUUUUUAAAGACAUUAAUGUCGAUUCGUUGCGUGGAGACCAGAAGGAAGCGAUCGAAAACUUUCAAUACCGUUUAACAAAGGCCGAACACACAUUUAGCAAAAAUCAAGUAGGUUAUGUGAGUGCGAAAGAAGAGCCCAACUCAGAGUAUGAGCUUUUAAGACGCCGAAUUUAUAGCAAUACCAAAGAAUUUUGGUAUUUUAUUCAUUCAGGUUUGUUGGAUCUUGAAAAAAAAGCUCAUGAAUCGGCUCCGGAAAUAGUCGAUUCUGUUAAAUAUUUACUGAGUUUGGGUGUUGAACAUAAAAGGUCUUUGUUGCAUGAUAUUGAUCAGUUGGCUGAAGUCGAUGGUUAUGCGACAUGGAGGGAAAAAGAAGCGAAUGACUUGAGUGGACUUGUACAGAAGAGGUUUCAUUUUUUGCAAAAUCCGGCCGAUUGCAAAACAGCCAAAAAACUUAUUUGCAGUUUGAAUAAGGGUUGUGGAUACGGUUGUCAAUUACACCACGCCGUGUAUUGUUUUAUGGUAGCUUAUGGAACAAAGCGCACUCUGAUUUUGAAAUCAAAAGGUUGGCGUUAUCAUAAAGCUGGAUGGGAAGAAAUAUUUAAACCUGUUAGUGACACUUGUGUUGAUCCUAGUGGAAAAUCGGUCAGCAACUGGCCUGGCAACUCUGAGACUCAAGUUGUUAAUUUACCAAUAAUAGAUUCGUUAUCACCACGUCCACCUUUCUUACCACUAGCCAUUCCAGAAGAUUUAGCUCCGCGAUUGACUCGACUUCAUGGAGAUCCAAUUGUUUGGUGGGUGGGGCAAAUUUUAAAGUUUCUUCUUAGGCCACAGCCUCAAACUGCAGCAGUUAUGCAAGAAACGAUGACCCAUAUGGGGUUCAAGAGGCCUAUUGUGGGUGUUCAUGUUCGUAGAACGGAUAAGGUUGGCACCGAAGCUGCCUAUCACGGUAUCGAAGAAUAUAUGACUGCUGUUGACGAAUACUAUAAAGAGUUGGAACUUAAAACAAGUGUUGAUAAAAGAAGAAUCUAUUUAGCUACUGACGACCCAAAAGUAAUUGCGGAUGCUAAAAGUAAAUAUUCCCACUAUGAAAUUUUGGGUGAUCCUUCGAUUUCGAAAACAGCGGCAAUUUCAACAAGAUAUUCCGAUUCGUCAUUGUUCGGUAUUAUCAAUGAUAUUAACAUGUUGGCUAUGAGUGAUUAUCUGGUUUGCACGUUUUCGUCUCAGGUUUGUCGAGUGGCCUACGAAAUAAUGCAGACUUAUUACCCCGAUGCUUCAUCCCGUUUUCGCUCACUAGAUGACGUCUACUAUUACGGUGGUCAAAAUCCUCACAAUACCAUCGCUGUGUUAUCGCACGAGCCGAGAAAAAACGGUGAAAUGAGUGUUGUCGCAGGCGACUUGAUCGGUGUGGCUGGUAAUCAUUGGAACGGUUUCAGUAAAGGUCGGAAUUUACGAACUAAUCAAAUCGCAUUAUAUCCCAGUUUUAAAGUUAAAGACAAAAUUGAAACAGCCAAAUUUCCUACGUAUGCAGAAGUAGACAAACAUGAAAAUGACGACCAACAAAUUUCUUAGUUGACCAUUAUUGUUGUGAUAAAUUUAUUUUUGACUGUAAGCCUCUAUACUAGUCUGAGUAAAAAUAUUGUUAUUAUAAGUUUUCUAUUUUUAGUUGACUUUUUUGGUAAUUUUUGCUGGUGAAUCAACUGAAACAAUUUUUGGAUUUUAAAAGUGAGUUGGCAAUACUACUAAAUUUUAUUUUUAACUUAACAAACUGCAAAUAUUUUACAUUCAAGAUAAGAUACAAAAUGAACAAAAAGUAUGAAAACAUGCGUUUUCUGAUUAAAGUGAUUAAAAAUUAAAAACAAAAUUUUUGUUUACACAAAUUAUAGUAUCUGAGUUAUUUUUACAACGUUGGCAGGUUUGUGUCUUGUUAAAGUUGAUUCAUUCUUAUACACGAACAUUUGAAAUGAUUACUUUUUUCUGCAAGGGAACAAAUAACGAUUAAGUGGUGCAUUUAGUUGCAUUUUUUCUCGUACAAAUUGAGGUAGUGUUAACCGUCACUUUGUAUACAAAUAUACAUAUUUUUUUUGGAACCAAUCUCUUAAGUAUAUACGGGGUGUUUUAAAAUUCUAGUCAGCUGUGUUUCUCGUUUUUCAGGUCAUUUGAUUUAUUGGGAAAAAAUGUUCUUGUUGGCGACAUGAUAAUAAUUAAUUUAGAAUACACUAUAUAAUAAAUCAUUUAUCAUUGUUAUUGAAACACAGAAAUGGAAAAUUUGCGCGAAAUUUUAAAUUAUAAUUUUCAAAUCUUAAAAAAAGUAGCCGAAAAAUCAUUAACUUAAAAACUUUCUUUUUAUCAAAACAAGUUACUACCCUACCAAAUUUGUCAAGACUUGAAACUGAAAUAAAUAUUAAAAAUAAUAAGAUUAAAUUUGAAAUUAAAAAUACAAUUUUUUCGCUUUUUAAAGAAUUUGUAAAAUGAUUAUUGAUUAUCACACUUUUGGCUAAGUUUGUACUUGUGUAUUUAGUAUCAUUUGAAAUUACCGCCCAAACUGCAGUUCCGUCUACUGUCAGGUUUAUAUGAAAAUUGGUGGGAAAUUUAAACGUAAAAGUGUUUACAUAAUUUUUGCACUUGUUUAGUUGCAAAGUGAAAUUUUGCUCAUUUUACAAAAAAAAUUCUUAAUUGUUUUUAUGUUUGAAAAAAUCGAAGAGUAUUAGUGCAAUAGAAGAAAAUAAAACGAAAAACGAGCUUAUGAAACAUUGUUUCAAAUGUAGAAAAUGGGUAUAAGUGUUAUAAUUGUUUGUUCCUACAUUUUAUUAUGUAUGUUAAAAAAUAAACGUGUAGAAAUACUACUUGCUACGUCCAUCAGAGUAACAUUGUUCAACAUAUCUUUAUUUUUAAAUUAUUAUUUUAUCCAAGACAGUAAAUGGAAAACGUUACGCCCUCUGUUGGUCGAUUUUGUAGUGAUUUUAAAAUUGGCCACCAGAUUGCGUAAUAAUUCUUCUUAUAUCAUAUAAUAAAAUUAUGUGCCAAAAGCAUUAGUUUCAUUUUUUAGAAAAUUUAAAAUGUGCAAAUGUAAGUAGAAGAUAUGUUUUUAUGCACAAUGUUAUUAUAGCAUAUAAAUCAGGACAUGUAGAAAUUGUACAAAUAUAUAAAUCAGGCACCUGAGGUCUUCAUUUCUUCAACAAAAAAAAGAGAUUUUUGGUUGUAAGUACUCUGAGGAAGAGCACUUUGUUAUUAUUAGUUAAUAUUUGUAAUAAAAUAUUUUCACAG